UGGGUGAAGCCGGAAGAGGAAAGGGAGCAAAUUCCCAGCAGGAGAGAUGAGCGGCUUGGGGAAGCUUUUCGGGAAGGGUAAGAAGGCCAAAGCGCCUACCCCGCAAGAGGCCAUCCAGAAACUGCGGGAGACCGAGGAGGUGCUGGUCAAGAAACAGGAGUUCUUGGAGCAGAAGAUUCAACAGGAGCUCCAGGCAGCCAAGAAACAUGGGACCAAGAACAAGAGGGCGGCCCUGCAGGCCCUCAAGCGGAAGAAGCGCUAUGAGCAGCAGCUGGGCCAGAUCGACGGCACCCUCUCCACCAUCGAGUUCCAGCGGGAGGCGCUGGAAAACGCCACCACCAACACCGAAGUGCUCAAGACCAUGUCGGAUGCCGCCCGGGCCAUGAAGGAGGCCCACCAGCACAUGGACAUCGACAAGGUGGACGACCUGAUGUCCGAGAUCACGGAGCAGCAAGACAUCGCCCAGCAGAUCUCCGACGCCAUCUCCAAGCCCGUCGGCUUCGGGGACGACGUCGACGAGGAUGAGCUACUGGCCGAGCUGGAGGAAAUGGAACAGGAAAGCCUGGACAAGGAGCUGCUGAAUGUGGGGGAGCCGACCCCCGUCCUUCCCAGCGUGCCUGCCUCUCACCUGCCCAGCGUCCCAGCCUCGAAAGUUGCUGCGGACGACGACGACGACGAAGAAAUGAAGCAACUCGCCGCGUGGGUGUCGUGAGGCGUGACGGGGGACCCGCACUCGUCUCUUCCCCUCCCGUCUCCCUCUCCGAGGGGCGGGGGCGGGGCGAAGACCUUUCUCCGUCAGCUCCAGAUUCCGGGAGGGGUGCUGGGCCAGGCACCCCCACCCGAAAUAACCUUAUGUGCCGAAUGUAAAGAGUUUUAUAGACAGAUUUAUAUAUGAACAGAUUCUAUUACCGGGGAGGGGGGGGAGCGUGUGGGGAUCUGCGGAGGAGUGUCGUCCCCCCCACCACCGAAAAAGGACCAAAUCUUGCGGUACUCCUCAUUUCCAGCCAGGCUGCAAAAAAAAACCCCACCCCCUCUCUGCACUGCUACAACCGUAAGCGGAUGGGGAGGGCACUUGAAGAACACCCCCAAAAAUAGGACUUGGAAGAGUCCGCAGUAUUAACGUUGUGCCCCACGCCUGCUGGGUGGGAUGGGGGGGGUGUCGAUGCGGGGGGGCAGCUCCUCUUCUCCUGCAGUUAUGCUC